AUGAACCCCCCGGGCUCCUACUCCUCCGCCCACCCCCAACGGCCCCGCAGCCUCUCCGCUCGCUCCCGCUAUCCCCCAACCAACAAUGCCCGCGUACACACCUCCUCCACCGAAGCGGCACGGGAACGCCGCCCCACCAUCACCGCCUCCAGGCGCCCAUCCAUAAGAGACGAAAUAAACGAGAUAAAGCGAUACGAAGACUUCACAACCAUCGACUGGGUGCAGGAUGCCGUACACGAGCAGGCACGCAGGCGGGCGAAGCGCAGGGACGGCUUGCAGUUCUGGGACCAGGAGGGCACGCUGGGCUGGCGGAGGAAGGUUAGUGAGUCGUACGAUGCGGGACAGGCAUGGUUGGUUGUUACCAUUGUCGGCGCAGCGAUUGGGUUGAAUGCGGGCUUUUUGAGUAUUGUUACGGAGUGGUUGGCGGAUAUUAAGUUGGGGCAUUGCGAGACGGGGUUUUAUUUGAAUGAGUCUUUUUGUUGUUGGGGGGCUGAUGAUGGGUGUCCCGAGUGGCGACCGUGGACCUCAUUUGCUCCGUUGAAUUACAUCGCGUACUUCAUAUUUGCUGUCCUUUUCGCAUUCUCUUCCGCGGUGCUUGUCAACUCUUUCGCACCAUAUGCUGCCGGGUCCGGCAUAUCAGAGAUCAAAGUUAUCAUUGCUGGCUUCAUUAUGAAGGGUUUUCUCGGCUCCAGGACUUUGAUAAUCAAAUCUUUAACUCUACCGCUUGCUAUAGCAUCGGGGCUUUCAGUUGGAAAGGAAGGCCCCAGCGUCCAUUUUGCGGUGUGCACGGGAAAUGUGAUUUCCAGAUGGUUCAGCAAAUACACGCGAAAUGCAGCAAAGACACGAGAGAUUCUGACUGCCACAGCUGGUGCUGGAGUAGCGGUUGCCUUUGGUAGUCCCAUUGGAGGUGUUUUGUUUUCUUUAGAGGAAAUGGCUUCCUAUUUCCCAUUGAAAACUCUUUGGAGGAGUUACUUUUGCGCUCUAGUAGCCACUGGAGUCCUUGCCGCUAUGAAUCCCUUUCGAACAGGCCAGCUGGUUAUGUUUCAAGUGAAAUACGACCGAACCUGGCAUUCCUUUGAGUUAAUUUUCUUUGUUUUACUGGGCAUCUUUGGUGGGUUAUACGGGGCUUUCGUCAUUAAAUGGAACUUGAGAGCGCAGGCGUUCCGGAAAAAAUAUCUUUCACAACAUCCGAUUAUCGAGGCUACGGUGCUGGCGGGGCUCACUGCACUGAUAUGCUACCCCAAUAUGUUUCUAAGGAUCAACAUGACCGAGAUGAUGGAGAUAUUGUUUAGAGAGUGCGAAGGAGCUCAUGAUUAUAAUGGGAUUUGCGAUACUAAAAAUCGCUGGUCAAUGGUUCUAUCUCUUGCUAUUGCGACGACACUUCGAGCACUUUUGUGCAUCAUCUCAUAUGGCUGCAAAGUGCCGGCUGGAAUUUUCGUCCCAUCAAUGGCUAUAGGAGCUUCAUUUGGUCGGAUGGUUGGCAUUCUCGUCCAGGCUUUAUAUGAAAGGUUCCCCGACUCGAAAUUUUUUGCUUCUUGCGAACCCGAUGUGCCGUGUAUCACACCAGGGACCUACGCUUUUCUUGGAGCCGGGGCUGCGUUGAGUGGGAUCAUGCAUCUGACAAUCUCAAUUACUAUAAUUAUGUUCGAACUCACGGGCGCGCUAACGUAUAUUCUUCCAACGAUGAUCGUGGUUGGUGUAACCAAGGCAGUCAGCGAUAGCUUUGGCAGGGGGGGCAUUGCAGACCGCAUGAUCUGGUUCAAUGGCUUCCCUUUUCUUGACAGCAAAGAAGAUCACAUCUUCAACGUCCCCGUCUCCCACGCCAUGACCAGCAAGCCGGCCGUACUCACUGCCACCGACUUCCCAGUAUUCGAGGCCGAAAAGCUUCUCCGCCAACACAAAUACCAAGGCUUCCCAAUCGUAGAAGACCUCACCAACAAUGUCGUCAUAGGAUACAUCGGCAGGACAGAACUCCAAUACGCAAUUAACCGUGCAAAGCGCGAGGGCCUCCUUUCCCCCAACGCCAAAUGCCGUUUCACCACCGCCCCCUCCGCCACAUCUCACCGCCACCGUACCACCCCAUCCACCAACUCCCUCACCCUUGAAAUAUCAACAGCCCGCCAAGGCUUUGGAUCAAGCUCAUCGUCCUCAUCCCGAUCCGACGAACGAAACAACACCAAUAUAGAUACAAACGCCGACCACCGACCACCCUCCCGCACCUUCGACGACAUCGCCACAUCAACCGGCAUCCGCUCCAUAGACUUCAGCCAAUAUGUCGACCUCGCCCCGCUAACCGUGCAUCCGCGCCUGCCGCUUGAAACAGUCAUGGAGGUAUUCAAGAAAAUGGGUCCGCGGGUGAUUCUCGUGGAGCAUCGGGGGCGUCUUUCCGGGCUUGUUACGGUCAAGGAUUGUUUGAAGUAUCAGUUUAAGGUUGAGGGGAGGGAUGGAGGCGGGAUUGGUGUUGGUGCUAGUGCCAAUGGUGGGCUUGGCGAGGGGAUUAUUGAGCAGAAGGCUUGGGAGUUCAUUCAGUGGGUAACGAGGAAGGUAAUGUUUUGGAAGACGGUUGCGGGAGAGGGAGGGGCACAGGGGCGGUUGAGGUUCAGUUCUCGAGAUGGGGAUGGGGAUUUGGGUGGUGGCCAGAGGCAAGGGCAGAGACAGGGUGGAAGGGAGCCGUUACGGUCGAGGAAUUCGUCGGACAUAAUAGAUGGGACGGAGGAGUUGGAUGGAUUUAUGGAGUUGGAGAAUAGAAGGGAGGGGAGGGAACUGCUGUAG